GCCCCCGCCGCGAGGAGAGCCGCGCUCAGGUAGGUGUGCGCCGCGCUCCGGCCCGGGCGGCCCCCGCCCUCCGCGCCCCCCGUCCUUCGGCCCGGCGGAGCGGCCCCUCUGAAGAGGAGAGCGGCGGCGCCGAGGGGCUCCGGCCCCGCUCCGGCCCUCCGCAUCGGACGCGGGGACCGCUACGCCGCCGGCGCCCUCCGUGCGGUGCCGCGCUCCCGGCCGGCGGGGGCAGCGCGCGGCGAUGCGGAGCGGGGCCGGGCCGGGCUCAGCGCGGGCGGGGAAAGGGAGCAGCCCCGGGACGCGGCGCGUUCCGCCGCUCAGACAAAGGCGGGGAGCGGGGCUCUGCGCAGCCGGCACCGCGCCUCGCAGCCCGGGCGGGAGGGCAGCGCGUUCUGCAGCGCUCGCGGCGCGGACGGCGCCGUCCCUCCUUUCAUUUCUUAUCUUUUUUUUUUCUUCCCCCCCCCCUAUUUCGCUUUCCCCCUCCCCGCCGCAUUACACCCGGGCUGUCGCUCCCGCUGGAUGGCCGUGGCAGAAAAAUACCAGCCCCCACCCAAAAUGCACCGCAGCCCGCCCGGGAGAUGAGUGCGGGAGGCAGCAGGGGGCGCGUUCCGCGCCGGGCAGAGCUGCGGCGGGGGAGGGAGGGCCGCGCUGCGGCCCCGGAGUGCCGCCGCCCGGUGCGGAGUGCCGCGCUCCCGGCCGGCCCGGGAUGUCGGCGCGGCGUUGGAGCGCAGAGGCCGCCGCGUCGCGGGGCAGGAGGGGGUCGAGCGCACGGAGGGCUUCGGAGGAUGCGCAGCUGGCGCGCGGGAUCCGGCGGCGUUGGUGGCUCCGUGAAGUGGCGCGGCUUUCUGAACGCGUUCCGAGCGCGGCUGCGGCGGUAGAAAGUUCUGCGUUCCGGGGCGGUCCUGAGCGCCGCGGCUCUGCUGGGGAAGGCAGACGUUGCCAUCGCGAUGUUCUUUGUUUGUGGGAGCCGGUUGGUAGAUGUGCAGGAUUCUUUCUAGAAGAAUUGUUCUUCUCCAGAUUGUUUUCAGUGCUGUUUUCUAGUCCCAGUUGGAGGUGAGAGGUGCAUGUGAGGUAGUGGAGGUGCGAUCCCCACCUGUCAGUGUGGCACAGCCGAUGCUGACCUCCCGCUGGACCUCCUGAGAGCCCAUACAGCUGCGGGGCCGUGGGGCUGUGCAGGCUGCCAUCCUUCCAUGUGACACAGAUGGACCAUCCUGUUUGAAAACGGGAUUCGUUGGUUUCCUAACGGAAGCGGAGCUCGGCUGUUGAGCACAGUUUGGUAUCAGCAGGCCGGCUGUUGCACGCGUUGAAAUCUUACAGCACUGAAAAGACGCAACAGUAAAGGAGAGCUGCGCUGGAGGUCGCUGGCUGUAACACAGCUGUUGCUGAAGAUGUUUGCGGUGCAUUCCUACCUUCAGUCAGAACAGAGGUGUCCUCUUUGAAAUGCAACCAACGUUUUGUUCCCCAAAGUACCACCAAGCUGAAUGUGUUUGUUGUCUUGAUAGUGAGCUGCCCUUCAUUAAAACGAGUGCUGUUCCUUUUCAAGGAACUUUUUUCUUUUUUCAAGAAGAAAAAGACUUUUUGGUAAUGGAAUGUUUGGGGACAACUCAGUGGGAUCACUGCAAAUUGAGACAUCUUUAGUAUUCCCUCAUUAGGAAACAAAUCAUUAUCUCGGUAUACAUGUUGGACGCAGCUGUAUCUGUUAGGCUUCUGUUCCUUAUGUGGUAGUACUGCGUGGAACUGCGGGGGUGAGAAAGUCACGGUGAGGCCACGCAGGAUGGGCUCUUAGGAGAGCGGUCCUCAGCAGGCUGAGGUGUGCCCAGCAGAGCAGCGCGGCUGUGCUGUGUGCCCUGCGGGUGAAGUGUGCGCUGCCCGGACAACGUCGGGGAGGACUGCGUGCCCUCUGAGGCCCUUUGAAUAUCGAAGGUUCCCGAGUCAGACGGAAGACAGCAGUAGCAGAGGUGGAUUAACGCUGGAAUGUAGUCAGGGACUGGAGCACUUGGGAGCUAUGCUUAGACAGAAAGGGAACGAGGUAAGAAACGUGGAGUGGUAAGACUGAUUUUAAGCUGUUGUUCACAGACUUUACCCCAUCGUGUAAUGCCAGCGUUUGUGCAUAGUGUGUGAAGUGGCAAGGCAAAGGAAGAACAGUUAGCAUCAGCAUACUUCACAGACUAUUUUUACAUGUGAAAUACUUACAUGCUAGACAGUUGGUGAGAUCCUUUCAGUAUCUAAUCUAUCUGCUGUCUGAGAAAACAUGUUUUGGCAGGGUUUUAGAUGAGCUUGGGAAAGUGUUUGUAUGCUCUCUUUUGUUUUGUUGCUCUGCCACUUCCACCAGCAUGCAAGCAAUGCAUUCUGCAGUAGGGCACAGCAAGGGAUGCAGUUUCAGCAGUGGUUUAAAUAUAUCUGUGUGCUGCCUCUGCAAGGGGUGGUAUAAGCCACGCUUCCUACCGCUUCACUUGUGUAAGCACCAGCACUGCGGUGGAGGAAGUGCUCUGGCUGAAGAAGGCUGCUCUGCCAUUGAAUCAGUUCUGUGCUGUGGCUGCUUCACAAGCCCUGUUGCUGACACGGUAGUGGUGUCAGGGAAGUGUGAUAGAGAGAAGACUAGACUAGCAUUUGUAAUUUGAUUGUAGUUGUACAGUCAGUGUAAUCUAAUCAUAAAUUACAUGUAUAUUGAUUACAUGCUUUAUUUUUGAACAUUUUACAGGGAUUCAUAUCAUGUUUUUUUUGUGAGCUUCAGAUUGAAAAUCUAAAUGAAACAUGCUUCUGUUUCCAAAAUUUUCGAUAUGGGAUUGUUCAUGCUUAGCUGCAGUCCACACAAAGAUCACGUUUUGAACUGGUAAAACAUAUUCAUGUGGCCUUUUUUUCCUGCCCGCUGAAGUGUGGAUAUCAUGGUGUAGGAAAAUAAUAUCCUUCGUGCUUCAGUGACCUCCAGUCUCAAUUUCAAAUUGCUGUAAGCAGGAUAUGACCCUUCUUCUAUGUCCGGGCUUUGGCCUCACACAGUAGGUGUAAUAUAAUCGCUGAGGUGGGCGUUCUGGAAGGAGAAUUAUUUUUGAAGGCUUUUGCAUGAAACUUGUCCAAUGAGUCUGAGACGCCCAAGCACCAUUAAUUUUGGAGGAAAAAGAUGGAGUAUUGCAUGCUGGGAACAAGUGCUUUCCAUAAGGUACAGCAGCAGCUCAUGAUGCCCCGUAAAGCUUUUCUUUCCCAGAAAGAAAAGCAGGCUCGUGCCAGGGAAAGAGAUAUGUUAAAAAAGAGGAGGAGGCGACAAGACUAUCUCAAAAGAAGCGUGGACCCACAGAAAAAUGCAGAAACAAUAAAAUGGCACAGGGAUGAUGAGAAGAGGAGAGAAAAUGAGCAAGUUAAGGACAAAGAUAUCAAGAAGCGAUGGAGACAGGAUGAGAGAGAACGACGAAAGAAUGUGGACGCUAUGAAUUGGCGCAGGGAAGAUGAGAAGAGGGAAAAUGAGCGAGAAACUAUGUUCCAACUUCCUGUCAACAACCUUGGCAGUUUAAGAAAGGCCCGGAAAACUGUGAAAAAAAUACUUAGUGACAUUGGUUUGGAAUACUGUAAAGAACAUAUAGAAGAUUUUAAGCAGUUUGAACCUAAUGACUUUUAUUUGAAAAACACUACAUGGGAAGAUGUAGGAUUGUGGGACCCAUCGCUUACAAAAAAUCAGGACUAUCGGACAAAGCCCUUUUGCUGCAGUGCAUGUCCAUUUUCCUCGAAGUUCUUUUCAGCAUACAAAAGCCACUUCCGGAAUGUCCAUAGCGAAGACUUUGAAAAUCGGAUUCUCCUUAACUGUCCAUACUGUACUUUCAAUGCGGACAAAAAGACUUUGGAAACGCACAUUAAAAUAUUUCAUGCUCCAAAUGCCAAUACACCAAGUGGAGGCAUCAGCACUUUUAAAGAUAAAAACAAGCAUGAUAGCCUUAAACCUAAGCAGGCUGACAGUGUAGAACAAGCUGUUUAUUACUGUAAGAAGUGCACUUACCGAGAUCCGCUGUAUGAAAUUGUUAGAAAGCACAUUUACAGGGAACAUUUUCAGCACGUAGCUGCUCCUUACGUAGCAAAGGGAGGUGAAAAGUCACUCAAUGGUGCAGUUCCAUUAAGUUCCAGUACCCGGGAGGAGGGUAGUAUUCAUUGCAAACGAUGCCUUUUUAUGCCGAAAUCAUAUGAAGCUUUAGUACAGCACGUUAUUGAAGACCAUGAACGUAUAGGGUAUCAGGUAACAGCGAUGAUAGGUCACACUAAUGUAGUGGUUCCAAGAUCUAAACCUUUGAUGCUAAUAGCUCCAAAACCACAGGACAAAAAGCCUAUGGGACUCCCUCAGAGGAUGGGUCCCCUUUCCCCUGGGAGCGUUCGAUCUCUUUCAUCACAACAGAUGAUGAACAGACUCACUAUACCAAAGCCUACAUUAAAUUCUGCAGGAGUGAAUAUGAUGUCAAAUGUUCACUUACAGCAAAACAAUUACGGUGUCAAAUCAGUACCACCAAGUUAUGUUGGUCAGCCAGGGGGAAGGCUGAGCUUAAGUGGUAAUGCACCAGUUUCUAUUCCACAGCAAUCUCAAACAAUGAAACAGUUUUCAAGUGGAAAUGGAAGGCCUUAUGCUCUUGGGGAACAGAGAUCUCAGGCCUCAGCAAGAUAUUCUCUUCAGUCUGCCAAUUCAACUUCUUUGUCGUCAGCUCAAUUGAAACAAACGUCGUUAUCUCAGUCACAGGCAGCUUCAAGAGUAUUAGGUCAGUCUGGCUCAAAAUCUCCUGUAGCUGCUACAGGUCCUUCUUCUGUCAAUACAUCAUCCACACAAAAGUGGAAAAUCUGUACAAUCUGUAAUGAGCUGUUUCCUGAAAAUGUGUAUAGUGUUCACUUUGAAAAGGAGCAUAAGGCUGAAAAGGUGCCUGCAGUAGCUAACUAUAUAAUGAAAAUACACAAUUUCACUAGCAAAUGUCUAUACUGUAAUCGCUAUUUACCCACUGAUACAUUGCUUAAUCAUAUGUUAAUACAUGGUUUGUCUUGUCCGUAUUGCCGUUCAACCUUCAAUGAUGUUGAAAAGAUGGCUGCUCAUAUGCGAAUGGUUCAUGUUGAUGAAGAAAUGGGACCUAAAACUGAUUCCACUUUAACGUUUGAUUUGACACUGCAGCAGGGUAGUCUCACAAAUAUACAUCUUCUCGUAACGACCUACAACCUGAGAGAUGCUCCUGCUGAAUCUGUAGCUUACCAUGCUCAGAAUACACCUCCAGUUCCUCCAAAACCACAGCCGAAAAUCCAGGAGAAGUCUGAUGUACCUGUGAAAAGUUCUCCACAAGCAGCAGUUCCCUACAAGAAAGAUGUGGGGAAAACUCUCUGUCCUCUGUGUUUCUCAAUCCUAAAGGGACCCAUCUCUGAUGCACUUGCACAUCAUCUACGGGAGAGGCAUCAAGUUAUUCAGACGGUUCAUCCAGUUGAGAAAAAGCUAACCUACAAAUGCAUUCAUUGCCUUGGCGUGUAUACCAGUAACAUGACUGCCUCAACUAUAACGUUGCACCUUGUUCACUGCAGAGGUGUUGGGAAGACUCAGAAUGGCCAGGACAAAGGUACUUCGUCAUCUCGGCUAAGUCAGUCUGCAGGUGUAGCGCCUGUAAAACGUACUUACGAACACAUGGAAUUCUCUCUAAUGAAGAGAAGGAAAAUGGAUGAUGAUGACUCCCCCUCUGCCUUUGAGGAGAAGCCUGAAGAACCGGUAGUUCUAGCAUUGGACCCCAAGGGUCAUGAAGAUGAUUCCUAUGAAGCCAGGAAAACAUUUCUCACAAAAUAUUUUAAUAAGCAACCAUAUCCAACUAGGAGAGAGAUUGAAAAGCUGGCUGCCAGUUUGUGGCUGUGGAAAUCUGAUAUUGCAUCUCACUUUAGCAACAAAAGGAAAAAAUGUGUUAGAGAUUGUGAAAAAUACAAACCUGGUGUGCUGCUUGGUUUCAAUAUGAAAGAAUUAAACAAAGUUAAGCAUGAAAUGGAUUUUGAUGCUGAAUGGCUGUUUGAAAACCACGAUGAAAAGAAUUCCAGAGUUAAUGUAAGUAAGACUGUUGAUAAAAAAAUAAACAUAGAAAAAGACAAUGAAAGUUCAUCAGACAGCUAUGAGAACAUAGAAGAGGAAUACAAUGAAAGCAGUAGUCCAUUUGGUCCACAUAUUUCUGACAUUGGUGAGAAAGCUUCUCCUGAUAGCAUAGCAGAGAACCCGGAUGAUGGCAUAUCCAAGGAAAUCAUUGAAGAAAAUACUUUACCAUCUCCAGAAAAGUCUGAUCAAAAACAAGAAGAAAGCUCUAAAUAUGAGGAGAUGAUUUCUGCCGAAGAGCAGACAAAACUGGUUGGUGAUGUUUCAGAUAGUGAAGGUUAUCAGGAUGAUCAAGAUGAUGCUGUUGAAUGGAAAGAUGGAGCUUCACAGUCUGAAAGUGGGCCUGGUUCUCAGCAAGUUUCUGAUUUUGAAGAUAAUACAUCAGAAGUAAAACCAGAAGUGUGGACAGAUGAAUCCUCACAAAGUGAAGAUGCUGGUAGCAGUAAACCGACUGCUGAGACAAAAGGAGGUGGGUCUGAGAGUGAUGAAGAGCAGUCAAAGUGGAAGAAUCGUUCCUAUGGAAAAGUAGAAGAGUUCUGGGCUAAGGACCAGUCGCAAUGGAAAAACGCAUCAGAAAUUGAGGAGAGCUUGACAAAUCAGCAGAUGGAAUGGCAGAAUAGCACAAUUGACAGUGAGGAUGGAGAUCAGUUUGACAGUGUGACUGAUGGGGUAGCAGAUCCAAUGCAUAGCAGCUUAUCCGGUGUGGAGCUGAGCAGUCAGCAAGCAUAAGCUCCUCAACUCAGAAUUGUCAGUGAUAUGAUCCAGUCACAACUGUCUAAACACUUUCAUUUCAGUAUGACUGCUAAGCUUAAAUUCUAACUGGUACUGCCUUCCAAGUGCUAGGUCACGGUGAGUGGUGUUUGUGGCCACUGUUACUCCAGUGGUUGUUUAAGGAUGCUGUUGGCUAAUCUUGCUUGAGAGUACUUGCUGGGAUGAGCACAGUAAUUUAAUGUGAAAACAGAUAAGCUGGUGGGUCAAGAAUGCACACAGAAAAAAGCAGAGGUUUAUUUUAUCUGCAUUUUCAACAUUUAUUUCACUCUUGUACAUGUUCAGUUGUAUGUCUUUUUAAACAUUACCCUUUUUCACAUGGUAGUGCGUAGGGCCAACAUACAAGCUACCAGUUCAACGUGUAUAGUAGACUAUGGGGAAAUUGAUUUUUUUCAUGUAUCAUUCUGAAUAGUUGAAAUGUAUAUUUGUACAGUCUUUUAGACCUAUUCAAGUGAAGCUUAUGAAAUUGUUCUUGUGUACCCAUCAUAGAUUUGUUUCUCUUUUUUAGUGUUGCCCUGCUGUGUAAUAAAUGCUGUAUUUAGUUUACCUAGCAAAAGCUUGAAACUGCUAUAGUAUGAAUUUUGACAAACUUAGUUUUUGCACAUAACCUUGUACAAUCUCAAAAACAGAGGCCAGCACCAUAAAAAAAAUAUAUCUGGACUCUUAUUGUAUUAUAGAAUUUUCUUGUUCUGAAUAUCCUUGACAUUACAACUGAUGACAAAUGUAUUUCAGAGCCAUUUUCUGAAAUCUUUUAAGCUAAAAAUGAAAAAUCACAUGCAAGAAACAAGUUUGCAGCUACUAAUUUUGACACCUUUUAGAUCUGUAUAAAAGUGUAUUGUGUUGAAGCAGCACACUUAAAACAAAAGUGCUGUGUUUUGGAUAUUUAGUUUUAUCUUUAGUUAACACCAACAAGGUGUUGUAUUCAUUUAUACCAUCUAAUAUAUGACACACUGUUGUAGUAUGUAUAAUUUUGUGAUCUUUAUUUCCCUUUGUAUUCUUCAUUUAAACAUCUAAAUAAAUUGCUGUAUUGUGCUUACUGUAAA